AUGCCACCAUUGGAUUAUCCAAUCAAAUUGUGCUCUCUUCAACUGCACUGGGACGAUGAACGUGUCUCGCAACCUUACGCCACUCGUAUUAGCUCUGAGUUCACCUUCCUAAAGCUCAAAGGCACAGUGCCCUAUUGUGUGCUUCGUGAGGCCUGUGCUCACGUUUACCUGUUGAAGUUAUACCUAUACGCCUCGAUUCGUGAAAUUCAAAGCCGUGAAAUCCUCUCUGUAUCACGAUUGUGGGCAUUCUCACCUUGUUCAUCAAGUACCUUGCUCCAAUCGGAGCACCAGAUGGCUGAAGAAUCAUUCGAUAGCGGAGUAUCAAGUGAACAUUCUCAGUACACUCGUGAUGCAAAACAGCAACAACAACAAAUAUGCUUAAAUCCUGUGCACCAAACACACAGCGUAGAAGAACUAGAUGGCCAUUAUGGGCCUAGGUUACCGCAAAACUUGUCGUGUUCACAGUGGCAAUUUAACUCCGAAUUCCACAACCGAAAUUCAUCACGCCGCAGGUAUUUGCCUCCCCAAGGUUCAUUUGAGUCCAGUUCCGAUACGGAUUUAUUGUUUGCUUCCACUUCAAACCUUCCUACACCCCAGAAGUCCUUGCAGAGCCUUAAGGAACCGAACAUUAGGGGCUCGGAAACCAGUCACACCAGGGAUAUGUCAUUUAACAACCCAUUCGAUACACCCGGAAGCAACCGUAUGCAUGGGUUUCCAAUCAAUCAGGGCAGCAGUGGAAAUAUUCGUGAAUUCAAUCCGCGAGUUGUACAUUUUGACCGUGAACAAACCAGAGGAAAUGAGCGACCAGCCCUGCAAAGUGGGUUAUUUAGCAUAGAGCCCUCUAAUUCUAGGGUUCGGUUGGAGGAGAUGCAAAUGUAUACUCCACGAGAAGAGGAAAGUACUCGAUACCCUUAUCCGAGAGACUACUCCACACGUGACUAUGCGCGUCUACCGCCUAUGCAACACCAGCCAGAACGCACACAUCCAACAGGUACACCUCAUCCUAUUGGGGCAUCCGUACAGAGCUCAACUGAUCGUACGAAUGCCUAUGCUAGGGAUGUUAAUUCACUCUCAACCCAUCCGCCAUUUGGUGCCUCAGUUUCUACACAUUCAACUGCAAGACAGCAAGCUAGCUCAAUUCUAGCUGCUCUCUUGACCUCGCAAACCCGAUGCACUGCACCUUCUCUAAACGAAAAUGUCCCGUUGCAAAAUAUAACGCAACGCGCCGGUCCCUCCACCAGUAACCUGCGCAGGGAGUUGCUAAGUGCACGGUGGUCCGAUUCAGAUAUGACCGCGUACGGUGCCCAUAGUUUGCAACAACAGCAACAACAGGUCCAGUUGAGACAGCAACAACAACAGCAGCAGAUGAAACUACGUCAACAACAACAACAGGCUGCGGUUGCCGCUGCAGCCGCUGCAGCAGUUGCCAUAGCGGCAAUCCAGGGUGCACCACGGUCCAGAUCCACCGUGGUUACGUCCCCAACUGGGCUUACCAGUACAAGUGUUACCUUUAAUCCGGCUUUAGCGAGACAAACCAUCCGUCGAUCAUGCUAUUCCUCUGGCGAUGAGGAAGCGUUUGUCACUGGUGUACAUGGAUUGGGAAAAGAUCACGAGCAACAAAUACAUCAGUUCGUUAGUUCACCUACAAUCCAAAGUCCACCUCAACCUUCAGACCCCAGUGUAAGACAGCAAGUUCUUAAUCAGCUGGCAAAACUUCAGUCUUUCAGUGCAUCUGCGGAUGAUUAUGCCAAUUAUCAAACACUGGAAGCAUUACUUGGUCGAUUCCACAUAAAUCCACCGCCCCCAGCCCCACCUCAACCUCCACCUGGUAAGCAAACUUUAAAUAUUUAUAUCUGGUCUUUCAACUUUAAUGGAAGGCAAAGCACAUACACAGAUAAGAGCAAUUUAUUGCGUGUGAUUUCUCUUUGA